UCUGUCGGCCGUGCCGCCCUCACGCAGUUCGCUUUGCAGCCAGCAGUUUUUAGCCAACUUUCUUCAGAAUCAGCCAGCUUCUACAGUCGAAUCGCGUCCUUAAUCGCAUCGUGUGCCAGGCCCCCAAACAUACUUUCCCAGCAACGCGCGCACUUUUCCGGAUAGCUCUGAUUACGGCUUUGUGUUUCCGCUUUAUCGCUUCGAUUCGGUGCUUUUAGUUUUGAAUAUUUACUUUUGCUUAAGCAUCUCGUUUCGGUGUCAAAAGGUUACUCCCAGCUCCCAGUCCCGGCGAUAAGCGGGAAUUGUACGACAAGAGUGAAUUACAAAUCAAUUGAGAGAUAGCCCUGUCUGGCAGCAAGACACAGACUCGCAGUUGAAAAGUGAAUCAGUAGUUCGCACGAAAACUUUAUAAAAACAGCCCGCAUGAGUAACAGCGCCAUGGUGGCUGUGGCCAUUUGCUGCAUCCUCGUCCUGCUGGCCGUCUUCAUUGUGAUCAUCAUAGUGGUGGGCCAGACGAUCGAGGAGCCCAAGUGAGACAUGCUCCAGCUGGGACCUGGCAACUUCCCAGAUGGAUAACAGAGGCCUCAAAAUUGUUAGUUGCCGCCACCCCGAGCCUCCAUCAUCAUGACCUUGGCGAUAUCAUCGAAAUUUACCGACACACAAGGAGGUGACAGGAACAAAGAAAGUGACAAAGGAACAGGAACAGGAAGGGGAAGCCGAGGGAGAGGAGGAGAAACAGGAACCAAAGGAGCAAGAAGCCGGAACAGUGGCAGAAGGAAAUGCGUCCCAUCGUCAGUAUCCAUUGGCUGUGAUGUGAAAUUUUUAGAAUUUGUGAAGCAAAAAUAUAAAUAGAAUCAAUCGAGAAAUCAACACAAACACGGAUCGACUAAAUUUCGGAACAUUCCGCAUCCCGAACAUCUUCAUGUAGCAUCUUUCCGACUACUAAGUGUUGUUAAUAUAAAUGUAUAUACACGCAUUCAAAUUAUAUAUAUGAAUAUGAAUAUAUUAUAUGAAUAUCUGAAUAUAUUAUAUACAUACGUACCGUUUAACAAGCAAGAAAUAUGUGUAACCCAACCGUCGUAACGUUGCGUUCUUUUUUAUAAAAGUGUUGUUAACAAAACCGAUUUUUAUUAAUGUUUUAUUGAUGUUGAAUAUAACGUAUACACACUCACACACCAGUGGAAUAAGUUUACAUUAAAUGUCCAGAGAUGUCAAAAUUGAUGAGCAGAGAUCCCAAAAGAAAUCCGAAAAGAAAAAGGAUUAUUCGAAGGACAGAACAGAAGCAGGACAAUAGGCAGGCAACCGGAGAGCUCAAUUGUUUAAUAUAUAUACGAUAUAUACCUUUAGAUCAUAUCAGGAGCGGAAAGCAGUCAGCAAUUGCACUUGUUAAUUGCACAGGAGGAGAGCAGGCGAAGCAGGAGCUGGAGGACUUAAGUAGUUAAAUAUAUCUACGUAUACAUAGGAGAUAUGAAUUAUAUAGCGGAGAUAUGCAUUUUAUAUAUCAAACAAAACAAAACAAAACAACUUUUUGGAUAAGUUUUAUGUGUGCGUGUACCUAGACCGUAGCUAACUCUUGUGUAUACAAAAAACAAAUGAUAAGGCCGUUAUCAAAAAUGGACAUAACCAAAUAUAUUCGAUAUGAGAACUUAAAUAACCGAUUGAAUGUAGUUAAACAAAUUUCGAGCCCCGAAACCCAAGUCCCAAAUUAAAUCAAUGCAAAACGUACGUGCGCUGUAAUGAAAAGAACCGACUUUCACUCAAUUAAAUAUGAUUAUUCAAUGCAAAUGCGAAAAUCAGAGAACCCAGCACUCGUGUGCACCAUAAAUUAAUAAAUAAAUUAAUUAAAUAUAAAUAUCAACAACAAUGGCUGGCAGCAAUACAGAAACGGAGAGAAAGGUACGUUCACAAGAGUCGGCCACAAUCAGUGUGAUCAGACCUUCGUGUCGCGGAUCGGCGGACCC